AUGGAACUAUUGUUCUGUUGUCAUGUCGCUGAGUCGGGUCCUAGAAAUAUCACCAACCAACGUGGUGCAGUCACUCAGCUUAUGGAAGGGAGUGACCCGCGGCAUUCCACUGACUAUACCCAUUCCACCAUCCAUGCAGUGAUGACAAGUCAGCUUGUCCAAUGUCUUACUCCUGUCAUCGAAUACACUUCCCUUUUCAGCUACACAUCGGCCGUGGAAACCACCGGCCUCCGCGGUCCAGACUAUAGUCAUCUACCCAAUGGAGUAAACGCCAAGUUGACUCAACCAGCAUCAUCUUCCAUGUCAGCAAAAGCAAAGCCCCCACCAGUAUUCAUACGCUGUCACUCCUGUUAG